AUGGUGGACAACUAUGAAGACCUAUUUUAUUGUCUUCGUGAUCCGACAAUGGAACAAAUUCGGGAGCUAUAUUGCGCACACGUCCUAAACCACACUUUAAAUUCCUUGCGAGAUCAAGGAUUUCAUCGUGCCAGAACACUGAUUAUCUUACCAACGCGUGAAUCCGCCAGACGUACCGUUCAUCAGAUGCUGCGUCUUAUGCCGAAGGGUUCCACAGUUAGCCAUAGGAAACGGUUUGAACGUGAAUUCGGACCAGAGGAAGGGCAAUCAGAUCGGGAUAAACGGAAGGGCAAAAAGCCUCCGGACUUCGAGGAGUGGUUUUCGUGCAAUCACGAUGACCGUUUUCGAAUCGGGAUAGCUGUUUCAAAGAAAACGGUUAAAUUGUAUUCUCCUUUUUCGGAAUCCGAUAUUAUACUUGCUUCUCCAUUGGGCCUCGAAACUCUCAUAAACAAUAAUGAAGCCAUGACCUCGGAUUUGCAAUAUAUUACCACAUCUACGGAGGUUUUGGUCAUUGACCAAGCAGAGCAUUUGCUUAUGCAGAAUUGGGCGGUUUUGCAGGAAUUUGUUAAUCGAUUGAACCAUAAACCUACAAAACCUGCAAUUUCCUCUCCCGCACGGAUUCGUCUUGCUUAUUUGGCGGGAUAUGGUUCUCGAUUUCGUCAAACUAUUCUCUUCUCCGCUGUUGAUAACCACUUGAUCAACUCAUUGAUAAGCAAAUGUGAAAAUUUUCAGGGAAUGAAUCUCUUCCUUCCAGUCCCGCGGUACCAAGAAGACAGCUUAUUUCCCAGUUUCUUACCGUAUAAGCACCGUGUGCCCGGACUUAAACGUUCGGCGAAGGAGGCAUUCGAAAAUUCAAUUGAUUUGACCGCCUUGGACAAUUUCAAGCUUAACUUGAUAACCUUUGGUGUGACUGGAUCAACCCUUACCUCAAACCCGUUGUUUCAGCUAACGAAGGAUGAUUUUCAUGAGAGCAACGAAGUGGCAGAAGCUGAUGCAAAUUUAGGUCGUUUGGAGGACAUGAAUGCACCGUUGUUACUUAAAAAGAGUCUCCUUGCCUGCGACUUCUCCGAUAAAGGUGGUCGUGCAAUACCACUCGCUCGACUCGCUGCCUUCAAGCAGCGUUUAUUACCGCGCCUUAGGAAGGGUCUUGACGAGCGUGUGCUUAUCUACGUCCCAGAUUACUAUGACAUCGAGGAGCUGCGUAACCUCCUGCGCGAAGAAGCCCUCUCCUUCUGCUACGUUCAUGAGCAAGACAAUGAAGCUGAGCGGUAUCGAAACCUAUUCGACCAAGGUCGUAUCCGUAUUAUGCUGAUCAGCGAACGUUACUACUUUUUCCGUCGACGGAAACUCCGCGGUGCCCGAAAUUUCAUUUUCUACGGACCACCCACUUUCCCCUGGUUCGUGCAAGAGCUUCUUUCAGUUUGUAAAGUAGCGCCUGCGCCGGCGACCAAUGCCUCGGGCGAGCCCCUCACAGUCGGAACCGCGAAUCCCGCAUCCGCCCUCUCGUCUUCCGUCACAAUUCUCUACUUUCCACCGUGGGAAUCCCAUCAAGUUAGCAUGAUUACAGGCACCCUCGACGUUUAA